UCUGCUGAUUGGCUGACGUCGGCCUGGCGUGAGCUUGUUUCCUACACAGUCACCAUCAUAGCUUGAUACGAACCGCCGUCUCCACGGAUAUGAGCGCACGGACUCCCCUGUACACCGCGGAUCGGCGCUUUCACUCCCUCGCAUGCGGUAACCGACAAUAGCAACCCACAAAGCCGACUCGUCAGCUCCGCACCUGUAUCCAGAGACGUUUUCCCACAGCAGGGAGGUGAGACUGCAGCUUCCAGGCACCGUCAUGAAGAUCAAGGAUGCAAAGAAACCAUGCGAGUCUUAUGGACCCAACAGUGGACGGGUGAUGCCGACUCAAAGAGGCAUAUGGAGUUUUUGCCUUACAAGGGUGAGGAAUUGUUUGAAGAAGGCCUCUCUGACCUCGUCUCCACAGCUACGGCAGCUUUCCCUUGGUUUGGCAUGGACAUUGGUGGAACCUUAGUGAAGCUGUCUUACUUUGAACCGAUUGACAUUACAGCAGAGGAAGAGCAAGAAGAAGUUGAAAGCUUGAAGAGUAUCCGUAAAUAUCUGACUUCCAAUGUUGCCUAUGGUUCCACAGGCAUUAGGGAUGUCCAUUUGGAAUUGAAAGACUUAACUCUCUUUGGUAGAAGAGGAAACUUGCACUUCAUUCGAUUUCCCACCCACGACCUACCAAGAUUCAUUCACAUGGCCAGGGAUAAAAAUUUCUCAACAAUUCACACUGUCCUGUGUGCAACAGGCGGUGGUGCAUAUAAAUUUGAAGAAGAGUUUAGAACGAUUGGAAACCUACAGCUACACAAAGUGGAUGAACUGGAUUCUCUUGUUAAAGGCUUGUUGUACAUAGAUUCUGUUAGUUUUAAUGGACAGGCUGAGUGCUAUUAUUUUGAAAACGCUUCACACCCCGAGCAGUGCCAGAAGAUUCCCUUUAAUCUGGAUGACCCUUAUCCUUUGUUAGUUGUAAACAUUGGUUCUGGAGUCAGCAUUCUCGCAGUCCAUUCUAAGGACAGUUAUAAGAGAGUCUGUGGUACAAGUCUGGGCGGUGGAACCUUCCUCGGUCUCUGCAGUUUACUGACAGGAUGUGAAAGUUUUGAAGAGGCUCUGGAAAUGGCAUCAUCUGGCGACAGCACCAACGCAGAUAAACUAGUACGGGACAUAUAUGGAGGAGACUAUGAAAGAUUUGGCCUUCCUGGCUGGGCGGUAGCAUCAAGUUUUGGCAACAUGAUCUAUAAAGAUAAACGGGAAUCUGUUAGUAAAGAAGAUCUGGCUCGUGCUACAUUGGUAACCAUAACCAAUAACAUUGGCUCAAUCGCACGAAUGUGUGCUGUCAAUGAGAAAAUAAAUAAAGUUAUUUUUGUUGGCAAUUUUCUCCGUGUGAAUACCCUUUCUAUGAAGUUGCUUGCAUAUGCAUUGGAUUACUGGUCAAAUGGUCAGCUGAAAGCACUUUUUCUGGAACAUGAGGGAUAUUUUGGUGCUGUCGGUGCUCUCUUAGGAUUGCCCAAUUUCUCCUGAACCGUGCUGUUUUUUCAUGGUUUCUGGAAAUGCUUGUUCUUUUUGAGUUAUCCAUCCUGUUUUUAAUCAAAACACUUCAAUGGAGAACAAUACACAAACAUAAUGAUUUAUUUUUCUCUGUAAACAUGUGAGAGACCAAUUGGGUAGCUAUCUGUGUCUCCGAGACCACCAGACUAAGGAUGUUGUACAGUUCCUGCCUCCAAGCAGUAAAUUACCCUCCAUAUAGAGCCAGUAUUAUAAACAUGAGGCUAUUUGGAGCUAAUAUUUCAUCCAUAUCCAUUCGAUCCUGUAUUAUGGAUGUCAAAAAUUUCAUUUGAAUUAAAGGCAUAUGCUGUCCUUUAAAUGACUAAAUUCAUGCAGACAUUCCUUUUGUAUGGUGGAAAGUCAGAUUAUUGGUCUUUCAUCUGAAACUGAGGCAUCUUUCUGUAUUCAUGCAUUAAGGUUUGUGAUGCGUUUUUUUUGUUUGUAAAUAUAGUGUUUGUAGAAAUUUUCUAAUGCAUCAAAUAAGUACAUGUAUAUUUGCAAUGGAAUUGUUUUGCCUUAAUGUUUUACCGAUUGACCAACAUCUUAUUUCAUGGUAGUUGACACUGCUUCAAAACCACCUAUUCUGUACUAUUUCAGUCAGCAACUGAAAUACACAACGCUAUUACCGCAGAAGUGGUUGUGAUUUCUUGUAUACAAUGGGAACUAAACUUGUGACUACAUCUUUGAUCCUUGGUUAACUUGAGUCCACUAUUACAUGUGAUGUGUAAUUUUGUAUACUGUCGAGUAUUUGUAAUGGUGAAGAGAUGCCUUUUAGGCAUAUUUCUGCCUUAUUACACCACGUAAAGCCAUUGUACAUGUACGUAGAAAAUAUUCUAUAUGCUAAGCAUCAGUUUACGAAUAUAUUUUGUUUUUACUGCUGAAUAGUCAAUGGGAAGAGAGUAUACAUUACAGAAUGCGCUAAACAUAACUGCAGUACAUUUACUCAGCACCCUGGGGUUUGGGUGGGUGAUUCAGUCUAACCUCAGUACAUCCACCUAUAUUACCUGUUGCCUUAUUAUAUGCUUGUAAGUAUAGAUAGGCUGUUCUUCCCACCAACUCCUGGUUAAAAUGUAGAUUCUUCUUUUGUAUUUGUAGUGAAUGGGAGGUAAGGAGCAUACAUUGAUGUAGAGCGCAACACGUGUUAUUAUCAGAUGUGUGCUCUCCUCCCUUGCUACUCCUUAUACGGUGUUAUGUAAUAUCAAUGGAUUACAUUUCAAGCAGGAGUAUGUGAAUUAAUAUGCAAUAUGUUGUGUAAGUUCAAAAAGGUAUUUAACUGGAUAUGUGCCAUACAGAGCAAGUGUUUGCACUUACAGUGCAUUAUGGAUAGAGGAAAUUUGGCUGGCACAAAUGAUUUGCUGCUAACAAAUUAACUGUGAAUCCAAAGAUGCAUGUAAACUGGUACCUGUACAAAGGACGACAUACCUUCUUUUUUUAUUUUAUUAUUUUAUACUUCUAUACCAUUUUCAUUUAUUUAAUAAUGGAUUACACAGAAUGUAAAUAUGGUUAUACUCCUAAACGGUGUGUAUACUGCUGGAUUUUUCUCUUGCCACAAACUAUUUGCAGGCACUAGUGUGAAUAAUCCUGCACCAGUACAGGCCACUGUUUCUAGGAUCCUGGCAGUGAUCCAGUUGCAUAUAUAUGUACCAUGAUCACAAAUGCCAUUAGUGUCUGUAUACCAAGAAGCCAUGGUUUCUCAUAAGGAGCAGCUAAUGCUAAGCCACUGGCUGAACUGGGAUCACUGUUGUCUUAUUUUAAGAAUUGUGAAAUUGUUCUUGUUCACGGUAAUACCUGUCUCAAGGGUGGUUCAUUCAUUUGCUAUUUAAGAACAGGGCAAACUUCAAGCAUAUCAUUCUCAAUGCUUACCAUAAUGCAGUACAGUGCUGAUGUCCAGAAGGAUUUUUGUUUUUGGAGCAUUUAAAAAUUAUAGUACUAUAUUUGUGUCUUCAUCUGCCUACCGACCUUGAAUGGUCAACAAUUCUAAGCAAGUUUGCCAUAGCGUGGUGUAGGUAUUGAGAUAGUUCUUAAUACUGUAACAAGGGUGCAAAAACAUGGUAAUUGGCGCUAAAUUGUAUAAUUAAAAGCUUACACCAUACAGUGUAAAAAGCUUCAUAUCAGUUUCUCAAUCUUCAGCCAUUUUCUAUUGUGUGCGAAUAUUCUUUUCAAACGGUUUACAUUCAUAUUUAAAUGUUGUUUGUUGAAACCACCCCUACACACUCGCUCACUCACACACUCGCACUCUGUGAAAUGUUCUCUGUGAUUCAGCUACUUGAAUAUCAUUCCUUUUGCAAAGUCCCUUAUUUGAAUGAGACCUUAAAGCACAGAUUAAAAAAGAUUUGGGGUAUUG